AUGACGACUUAUGAAGAUUUGGAAGCCAACUUCCCACGCCAACGAGUGGAUUUGCCCAAUGGCGAGACAUUGAGUUACGUGGAUUGGUCGUCAUCUCGCAGCACAGCAACCCAUCCCAAGCACACUCUGCUGUUGAUACCGGGAUAUGCCUGCGACUCCAAAUUCAUGGCCUUCACAUUGGCACAAUACGAUGCCUUUCACGAUCAUCGCAUCCUGGCCGUCGAUCCAAGAGGGUACGGGGAAUCCUCGCUCCACUCUGAGAAUUGGAGUCACGAGGAAAAUGCCGAGGAUAUGAAAUUGUUUCUCGAUGCCCUACAAAUUCAAACCCCCGUCAUGGUCAUGGGAUAUUCCACGGGGGGUGGUGCCAGUGCUUGGUUGGCGCUGCUGUAUCCCGAACGCGUCUCGGCCGUCUGGAUGGUCUGUGCGCUGCCACUCAAUGGGAUGCGAACGCCCAUGAUGGAUAAUGAUACGUUGAAACCAACGGGAGUAUUACUACAAUCCAAACAAGAUGCCAUCCAAUACACUGACAUGGCGCUGACACCGUUUGUUCACAAUCCCAACAUGACCAUAUUUCAACGAACCACACAAACGGCCUGUAUGAAAACGACACGACUUCCUGCCAAUCGAGGCAUCCAACUCUACCACGAAGCGGCACUAUCCCAUCGAUCGCGGGCGUCCGCCUUGUACGCCAACAAUGCCUUUAAUCUAACGCCCAUUCAAACUCCCAUUGCUCCACCCACGCACGCCCUGUCACAAUUGCAAUGCCCCAUGAUGGUCUUGCACGGAUCCCACGACAAUCUCAUUUCCACACGACAGGUUCGUGCCGUCACCGAGCUGGCCAUGGUCGAACGAUGGGCUCCCAAACAGCAAUUGCACUAUUACGAAAUUCCCCAUUGUGCCCACAUGUUCAUGUACGACAAUCCACAAGCCUUUCAAACGGUCUAUCGAAAGGCAUUGGAGAAACACAUUGUGGGUCGGGCGUCGUCAUUAUGA